GACAGAAGUUUUAUUCAAGCUCUUCUUUUGUCUUGUGUUAUCCAGCAAAUUCCCAUUUCCAAACUAUGGCUGUUGCUCUAGUUUCUGCUAUCGUGGAGCGGCUUGGUUCUUUAGUUUCUUCAGAGUUCAAGUUGACUGUAACUGUUAAGAAAGAAGUCGAAAAGCUUGCAAGAAAAUUCCGUACCAUUCGGGCAGUGCUCAAUGAUGCUGAGAAGAGGCAGCUGAAGGAGGAAGCUGUGAAGCUUUGGUUUGAGAAGCUCGAAGGCGUAUCGUACGAGAUCGACGACGUGUUGGAUGAGUGGAACACUGUCAUGAUCAAAUCCGAGAUUGAGAAACAACAAAAAGAAUUCGAAGAAGAAGAAAAAGCUGAAACUAGUACUGCUAAGAAGAGGAAGGUACGGCACUUUACCCCCAACUUCAGUUCCUCAGUUCUUGAUCGUUUUCAGCAUCGUGAUAUUGCUCAUAAGAUAAAAGACCUUAACGAAAAAUUAGAUGAGAUUAUCAAAGAGAAGCAGAUGUUCGGGUUUAAAGUGAGUGGGCCCAUUGAAGAAGUAUUUGAGAGACCAAAAACUACUUCUUAUGUUGAUGUGUCUGAAAUUCUUGGUCGUGAUAAGGUUAAGAAUGAACUAGUGAGCAGUCUAUUGGGCAAGGGUACUGAAAAAGAAAAACACCCCCAUGUCAUCUCUUUGGUGGGCAUGGGCGGUAUUGGAAAAACUACUCUUGCCCAAUUAAACUACAAUGAUCAGGAGGUGCAAGCCCAUUUUGAGAUAAAAGGGUGGGUUUGUGUUUCGGAUCCUUUCAAUCAGUGCAAGGUUGCCAAAGAAAUCCUUGAAUCUAUUGAACGCGGAUCCUCCGACUUGACUGCAUUGCAAAAUCUAUUGGAUGGAAUUUGUGAUAAAGUUCGGGGAAAAAAGUUUUUUCUAGUCUUUGAUGAUGUGUGGACCGAAGACUGUGCAAUGUGGCAGCCAUUUAGAGAUGCACUUAAAAGUUGUUGCUCCCAAGGUAGUAGAAUUCUAGUCACCACACGUAAAGACCAAGUUGCAACGAUGAUGGAAAGUGCAAAUGCGAUCAAGUUGAACGAAUUGUCUGAGGAAGAUUGUUGGUUGGUGUUUAGUAAAAUAGCAUUUUUUGAUAAAGAUCCUCAGGAAUGUGAGCAACUAGAAGACUUUGGCAGACAAAUAUCAAAGAAGUGCAAAGGUUUGCCCCUUGCUGCAAAGACUCUAGGGAGUCUCAUGCGCUUUAAGAAAAGUAGAGAAGAAUGGAGGUAUGUUUUGAAUAACAAUUUGUGGGAAUUUGAAGAUGUUGAAAGAGGUCUUUUUGCACCGUUGUUACUGAGUUAUUAUGAUUUGUCAUCACCAUUGAAACGGUGUUUCUCAUACUGUGCUGUCUUUCCGAAACAUCAUGUCUUUGAUCCGAAACAUCAUGUCUUUGAUGUUGAUGAGUUGGUAGAUAUGCGGACAAAGAAAGAUAUGCAGACAAAGAAAGAUCAUAUCUUUGAUGUUGAUGAGUUGGUAAAUAUGUGGAUAGCACACGGAUUUGUUGAGUCAAAGGGAAAUAUGGAGGUGGAAAUCAAGGCACGAGAAUACUUUGAAAAUUUAGUCAUACGCUCUUUCUUCCAAGAAUGUGAGGAAGAGGAAGAUGAAUUUGAUGGCGAAAUAGUCCAGAGCACCAUUCGCAAGAGAUACAAUAGGAAAUUUAAUACACCUAAGGUAUCUCGAUUUGAGUGGGACCAAAAAGGCUUUUCCUUGUGGCGAAUGGGUAUUGCCUGA